AUGGACGCGGUUUUGCCCAUCUUCUUCGAACUCCGAGAAGAGUCUCCGACCCUGAUUACAGACAGGUAUCCGCCAUUAACCCGCGAUGGAGCCUCACUGGUUUUGACAGCGUGCAUCAUGAUGGUGCUGACAACGCUAUGGACGAUCAUGAGGUAUGUCACCGGCAAGAACGACUGUAUCUUUGGGCAAGAACUCACCCUACAGCUUCUCUACUACGGUGUUGCAACGUGCUUUAUUCUAGGAGUUAUCCUCGGCGGUGCUGGCCAUGACGUUAGCGUUCUGGAUCCGAACCUUCACAUUUCGCACUUCGUCAAAGUCUUUCUGGCAGCACAGGUUUUGUACGCUAGCGAGCUCUUGGCGAUCAAGCUCAGCAUUAUAACCUUAAUGCAACGCAUAUUUUCGCAGAGCAGCUCAUGGUUUCGUGCAACAAGUUGGGUUGCUGUUGGCCUGUCAUGCAUAUGGGCGCUCUAUACGGCCCUUCUUGGCUUCGUCAUCUGUCAGCCGAUUCAAAGUGCUUGGGACAUAAAUGUUACGAAGACUGGCUGCGGGGACUAUACCUUGGCUUUCAGUGCAGUUGCCAUCUUCGAUAUCAUCACCGACAUAGUCAUUGUGGUGCUUCCCAUCAAGGUUGUCAGUGGUUUGCAAAUGGCUAGAGCCCACAAAAUUGCUCUUUGUGUGGUAUUCGGAGCAGGUUUCAUCACGAUAAUCUUCUCGGGCGUCCGCCUCUACUACACCCUUACCGCAGACUUCGUCAACAUCACUCGAGGCUUUGCUUCUGCAUCAAUAAGUGGAGUACUCCAAUCAGGCAUUGCUGUCAUGGUAGCUUCAAGCCCUAUGCUUCGCCCGGUGUUUGACCGAACUAUCGUGCGAUGGUUGAGUUUGUCCAUUCGCAGUAGUGGGCGCACAAAAGAAACUGCACCUACGGCAUCGCAAGGACAUAUCGUCAAGAGUAGUAAAUCUAGUCAGCUCGGAAGCCAUCGUCGCGGGGAUGGCUUCAAGCAAAUGUCUGAUAGUGACGAGAAUCUCAGCUGGGAGAUGCAGGGGUUAGGUAAUAGGGCAAAUUGUAGGACCGGAAGAAUAUCACAGGCUCAAAUCUCUGCUGGAACAGUCUCGCAGCCUGCAAGUCCUAGAUCUCCGACUCCAGACAGUACUGGAAUAGCUAUUACGCGGACAGUAGCUGUGGAAAGACAUAAUGUGGGAAGAGGCAGCCUUAGCUAA